AUGUUUAAUUUAUUGCUAUUAUUUUAAAUUAGCUUUGGCUAAGAAAUUAUUCUAAGUAAAAAAACUUAAAAGAAUGCCAAUAUUUCUGAAACAGUUUUAAGCUAAAGUUUGUUAAAAUGCCCUUUAGAAUUAGAAAAUUAAGAAUUUACGAUUAAUAAUUCUAAGGUAAUAUGUGAAUAAUCGGAUUUGCUUUACACCAUGAAAAUAAAUUUGACGAAAGGGAAUGAAAAUUUUGAAAUGUUUAUCGAUUUAGUUAGUCCUUGGAGUUGGUAUAAGUCUUCCGAAUGCGAAUUCUAUGAUUAGCCCUUGGUUAAUUAAACAAUAUAGAAGAAUAGUUGUUUUGACAAAAAUUAUAUAAAGUCACAAAAACUUGAGCAAGAAUCUUCAACAGAGAGUUAAAUAAUAGCACACAACUUCUCAUUGAAAGGACUUUUGGUUGUAUCUAAUGUUUAGAUAGAUUCAAAAUAAUUUGAAUUACAAAUGCUUUAAGUCGAUAACAUAUUUGCCAAGAGAACCUAUCUUUCAGACGGAGCAAUUAGUUUGAGUCAUUUUAAAGGUUCUGGAUAGUAAAAUUUUAUUUUGCAAUAUUCAUCAAACAAUAAAUCGAUAUUAUAAUUCGAUCUAUACACUUAGAAAUAAACAUUUACUAUACGAAAUGAUGUUCCAUUAAGGCCAAACUAUCAAUUAUUUUGGAUAAAUAAUUCUGACAUAAAUGCACCUCAAUGGAAAUUUAAAAUAGAUUAAAUCUCUUUGUUGGAUAAACCACUUUCAGAGAAAGAUCAAUCCUAUUAUGCCAUUUUAACAUUGAAUUCUUAAUUUAUAUCACUUCCUCUAGGAUUAAGCAAUAAAUUGAUAGAUGUAUUGGCAAGUGUGAAAAAUAUCUCAUGUGCAUAUGCAGAUUCAGAACUAUUUGUGAUAGUAUGUAAGAAUAUGAAUCAAAGUCUAACCAAAACCUUAAGCGUUACUUUGAACAUAUCUGACUUAUAAAUAAAACUAACUAACUUAGUGGAAAAUUGCAAGAAGGACGAGGAGUAGAAGUAUAAAUGCUAAUUGAAGAUUAAAUUAUCUUCCUCAAAUACGAUAUUUUUGGGAGAACCCUUCUUUAUUGAUAAGAAAAUUCUUCUCAAUUAUGAGACUGGAUAGAUUGGAGUUUACAAGGAAGUUUUAGAUGAAAAAUUUUAGAAUAAAGAUGCUUUGUCUUUUGAAAAUUUAGGAAUUUGGAUUGUUAUUUUAACUGUCAUACUCGUUUUAAUAUUUUGUUUGAUGAAUCUCAAGCAUGCUCUAAAAUGGUUCAUGAGAGCAAUUAAAUACAGAAAAACUUAAAACUUUGAUGAUGAGUAAUAGUUGAGAAGCAAGGAAAUUGAGUUUAAUGAGAUGGAAAAAGCAGAAUAAAUGACUUAAUCAAUUGAGGAAAAUAGUAUUUGA